GAGGGGGCGGGGCCCGGCGGGGCGGUGUCUCUCGCUCUCUCGGUGCCGCCCUGCGCAUGCGCCCGGCGGGCCCGGCGGGCGCGGGCCGCGAUGUCGCCGCCAGGCCCGGAGCGGCCGGGUGAGGCCCGUCCCGUGCUGCGCUCUGUCAACACGCGGGAGCUCUCCGAGGUCGUGUUCAACAACCACAGCCCCCGCUGCGUGCUGCCCGUCUGGCUGGACUUCGAGGGCCAGCCGCGCCGCUACCCGGUGCUGCAGCCGCGCAGCGGGCGCGUCAUGCACAGCUACCGGGGGCACCUCUGGCUGUUCCGGGAUGCAGGGACCAACGACGGGCUGCUCGUCAACCAGCAGGAGUUGUUCGUGGCAGCCCCCAAUGUGACCAAAGCUGACAUCACACUGCCAGUGUUCACCCUGAAGGAGAGGUGUCUGCAGGUUGUGCGCAGUCUGGUCAGCCCCGUGGACUACAGGAAACUGGACAUUGUUCAGUCCUUAUAUGAAGAGCUGGAGGAUCAUCCCGAUAUUUGGAAGGAUCUUAAGCGGCUUUCUCUGGAGAGAAAUGAAGCACUGAGGAACAAAGCUAUGGAAAAACAUGAUGACUCACUUCAGACUCCUCAGUAGCAAACCACUGAGUCUGAGCAGCAGGAGUCCUCAGGAAACACACCAAGAGCUGAUGGCUCCGUUUAAAGUUUUGAAACAUAAACUCAAUAACAUCAGUGAUAAUCAAAUCAAUACUCAAAGACUGAACACAGCUGGAGGCAUGCUGGGUUCUGAUGGUUCAGUUCAUUUCUUCAUUACAGAUGUUGCAAACUAUAGGGUAAGGUCAGGGCAGCUAAAUGGAAAAUAUUCAUAUAAAGUAACUUUCAUUGUAUUAGAAAGCAAAUUACACCAAGGGUUAAUUUAGCCCAGGCUAGUGGUUUUAAGUGUCAUCUGUUUUAUUUGAGGCAUUUGUUUUGAUGGAAUUUCCCUUUGACAUGUAGCCUCAAUGUACCUGUGGGUCACAGAGCAUGGGGGUUUGUACAUGAGGGUUUCCAGCAGUGCCUGAGGGUCUGACAAACAUUACAGUAGUAGAAAGCUCUUGUGUAAAUGCUUGGAGGUUAUUCUGCCUCUCACCUUUCCACAUACAAAGCCAUGUCAUAUCCACUCUAGGUCUGACAUGUUUUUAUCUGUUGUCAUACCUCAAAUGCCUUAUUUGCCUUUGUCAUACCAUUCUUGCCUGGCUGAUCUCAGCCACACAGACCAGAUCCUAGUUUUGGGACACCCUUGUCCCCCACAGCUGCUUCCCCAGCAGCCUGUACAGGGUUCUUAGGAAGUAGAUGCUUUAAGUUUUUUCUUUUCCCCUCGGUGUGCUGGAAUCCAGGUCAUGGUUGGUGGCCUUUUCAGGGAGCAUGGGCCUCUUGAGCUGCCUGUGUCAUCUCAGGACCAAUGGGAGCUGUCGUGGGCCAUGCUUAGUGGCAGGCUGGAGGAAGAGAGAGAACAUUUCCUAGCCUGUAUUCUGUUCCCCACAUCUCAGUGGAAUGUGCUCUUGUGUGAGUGCACACAGAGUUCAAAGCAGCAAAGUUUAAGUGUUACAUGAAUUGUCCAUUAAGCAAGAUGUGGUGCAGCUCAGGUUCAAAGCAGACUGGCUGGAGAUUGGUUACAGCAGGUUAUUUCUGUGAACACGUUUCCCUCCAGUUGUAUAUUCUGAGAGUAGCUGUGAAAGCAAGAAUGUCAAUGUAUUUUCUUAGUAUGGAAUGUCUCUCUGUUUGUAAACUUGUUUUUCUUACAUAUUUGAAGAAAUUGAUCUUUGACAUAAAAACAAAAAUGCA